AUGGCCAGCAAACUUCUGCAUCCUCAAUAUCAGCAGUGCAAAGACCAAGAGCUCCAGAUUGUGAUAGUUGGGAAUACUGGAGUCGGUAAGAGUACGACAGGAAACACCAUCCUGAUGAGAACGGUUUUUCAGACUCCGAUACAUCUUUCCUCAGUGACACAGGCCUGCAAGAAGGAAAAAGGAGAGUUUGAUGGACAGAAGCUGGCUGUUGUUGAUACUCCUGGUCUGUUUGGAGGAACAAAAUCUGACGUCCAGGUGAUGGAGGAGAUCAAGAAGGCCGUGUUGUCUGCUUUAGAUGGCCCCGUUGCGUUCCUGGUUGUGCUCCAGUUGGGCAGACUGACGGAGGACGAACAGAAAACAGUGAAAUUAUUACAGAAGACUUUCGGCAGAGAGGCAGCACAUCACACCAUGGCCUUGUUCACUCGAGGAGAUGAUCUGAAGGAACAAGGAGGUUCCAUAGAGGACUUCAUCGGAGCAAACCCAGCUCUGCGUGACUUCGUCAGGGAAUGUCGGGGGGGAUACCAUGUUUUUGAGAACAUAGACGGAGAUCCCUCUCAAGUUGUUGAGCUGCUGCAGAAGAUCAACAGCAUGGUGCGGAGAAAUGGAGAAAGCUACAAUAAAAUGGACAGAAAUGCUGAGGGAGUCCUCUGGAAAGAAAAUCUAGAAACAUCAGCAACAGAAGAAGCAGAAAAACCUGCAUUGAUUGAUUCCUGCCUUCAUGGUGCUUUCAAUGGAGCGUACACUUUUGGUGCGCUAUGUUUUGUCGCUAACUUAAAAUCACAACCAGUGGAAGCUGUAGUGGUGGGCGGCAUAAUUGGGGGUGUGGUUGGUGCAGCUGUUGGUGCAGCACAGUAUGUGGGUAGUAAGCUAAUCACAGAGUGAACACAACACAUGAACUGUGGUGAGAACCAGUUUAUAAACUCACUCAGGGGGCGCAGCACAAAACUCUGGACCCAGUAUCCUUGUGGUCCCUCGUCUUACUGUUCUUCAACCAAAUGAGGUCUGGUUCGGGAACCGGUUCUGU